UUCAAGAUGGCACCGUGUAUAGUGUUGGCUGGCCUUCACUCGGUGUUGUCUAUUUUACAGUUCCUGCUUAUAUUUGUAUGUUUUAUUAACCCAAAGUACUCUCUUUGGAUUUACGACUGCAAAACUUUGAUUCACAUUCGUGCACUGAUGGCAGAUGUCACUCGGAGCAAAAAAAGGACUUUGUCCUCGCAGCAGCCUGGGACUGAUCGUCGGCGAAAGCGUGGCAGCCGAGCAGGGAAUCAUAUUAAAGCGAAAGCGGCGGAGGUGCUCGAGAGAAACCAGUUGGCUCGACGAAACAGGCUUCCGAGAGGAAUACAUCUCACCAAUCUGAGUUAUAUCGAAUCGGAUGUGUUCUCGAAUGGGACUUCAUCGCUCCCAUUGGAGUCUGAUAAAGAGGUCGCAGAUGUUCCCGUGCCGAUUCUCCCGCCGCCGUCCACGCCGUCUGUGGAGGAGCUGAUCCAGCAAAGCCAGUGGAACCUGCAGCAGCAGGAGCAACACCUGCUCAGCCUCGGACAGGAGCAAGUGACGGCCGCUAUCUCUGUGGCGAUGGAGCAGCAGAUGCAGAAGCUGCUGGUGGAGACACAGCUGGACAUGAACGAGUUUGAUAACCUGCUGCAGCCCAUAAUAGACACCUGCACCAAAGAAGUCAUAGCGGCUGGAAAGGACUGGAUGCUCAGUAAUGCUAAAACCCCGCCGCACUGCGAGCUGAUGGCGUCGCAUCUCAGAGACCGCAUCAUUGCAGACGGGGCGCAAUUCGAGCUCCGCCUACACCUCAUCUAUCUGACCAAUUGCGUCCUGCAUCACUGUCAGAGGAAUAAUCAGAAGGAUCUUUUGGCGGCUCUUCAGAAGGUCGUGGUUCCCAUUUACUGCACCAGUUUCCUGGAAGUAGAGGAAGAUAAGCAGCAGAAUAUCACCCGCCUGCUGCUGCUCUGGGAGAAGAACAGUUACUUUGAUGACGUCACCAUUCAGCAGCUUCAGAGUCCAGCCCUGGGUCUGAGACAGUAUCAGGCGUCGCUCAUCACGGAGUAUGCUCCGGUGGUGCAGCCCAUCCAGAUGGCCUUCCAGCAGCAGAUCCAGGCUCUGAAGACACAGCACGAGGAGUUUGUGAACAAUCUGAAACAGCAGCAGACAGCAAUGGUGACCUCUCAGCUUGGAGAUCCGAAUCCUCCAUUGCCCGUUUGGUUCAAUCCGCUGCACAACAUGCUGGCAUGGAACCCGCAACAACCUCCGCCAUUCGACCCGUUUCAAGCCCCGCCCCCCUGGCCCCCCUGGAACAGCCAUGGGGGCAUGUGGAACUGGAGCAGCCCUUGGGACGGGGGCUCCGCAGGCCCCUGGAGCAGUCAGUUCAACCAGCCACCUUGGAGUAGCCAGCCUGAUCAAGCAUCACCAUGGGGCCAAAGGGAUCUGCUGCAUUUACACGGGCCCUUCCCUCCUCCUCAGCAGCCACCACCACCACACAACUUCGGACACUUCAUGCAGGACGAGUUCCCUCCGCGGCAUCCCUUUGAACAGUCGUCGUAUCAGCCGCAUCGAUUCGACUACCCACAGGAAGACUUCCCUGGAGAGAUCAGUUCGCCGCCUCAUCACCACUCGAACCAGAGGACUCCUUCUCCUGGGAUAUCUGAUUCUCCUUUGUGUGGUGGACAUCAGCAUCCUGAUUCCGGGUCGCCGCCUCAUGGAUAUAAUGGUCAAGAGCCACGCAAGCGGUCACACAAGCGGUCACACAAGCGGUCACACAAACAUCGGCAGAGCCCUUCUCAUGUCAAUCAGGACGACCCCAGCCUGGUGCCCGAUGAGCCCUACUACGACCUUCCUGCAGGACUUAUGGUGCCACUUGUGAAGCUUGAAGAUCGUGAUUUUAAGCCUCUGGACCCCAAAGACCUCCGUCUGCUGCCCCCAAAGCCUCCCAGUGACCGCGUGCUGGCUGCGGUGGAGGCGUUUUACAUCCCACCGUCUCACGACAGACCAAGAAACAGUGAGGGUUGGGAACAGAAUGGUCUGUAUGAAUUCUUCCGGGCCAAAAUGCGAGCGAGGCGGAAAAAGGAACGGGACAAACGCAACAGCACACGGAGUCCUUCGGGCAGUCGGUCAUGCAGCCGAGGACGAUCUAUGUCACGUUCUAGCUCCAGGUCUUCCAAAUACUCUCGCUCCAGAUCCAGAUCCCGCUCUCGUACUCGCUCCAACUCCAGAUCUCGCUCUAAUCAUCCCAAAAAUAUAUCUGCUUUGACAUUGUUGUUGAACACCUUUUUGACUUUGUCCCGGAGGAGCAGGAGUUGCUCCAGAUCCGGGUCCCGAAGUCGAUCCCGCUCCAGACAUCGUGCCAGAUCCCGAUCUCCAGACAAGCGUCGCCACGCUGCAAAAUCACGCAGUCCAGCGCCACCCAGGAGUCACUCCAGAUCAGGGUCCCGAAGUCGCUCCCGUUACAGACAUCGCGCCAGAUCACAAUCUCUAGACAAGCAUCUUGACGUUGUAAAAUCACGCAGUCCAGCGCCACCCAGGAGUCACUCCAGAUCCGGGUCCCGAAGCCGCUCCCGUUACAGACAUCGUGCCAGAUCACGAUCUCCAGACAAACAUCUUGACGUUGUAAAAUCUCACAGUCCAGUGCCACCAAGCAGGAGUCACUCUCGAUCCAGAUCCCGAAGUCGCUCCAGAUCACAAUCUUCAGAUAAGCAUCUUGAAGCUGCAAAAUCAUGCAGAUCCGGGUCAGGAAGUCGCUCCCGCUCCAGAUCUCACUCAGAGUCACAAUCUCCAGACAAGCAUCAUGAAGCUGCACAAUCACGCAGUCCAACACCACCAAGCAGGAGUGACUCCAGAUCCGGGUCCCGAAGUCGCUCCAGAUCACAAUCUCCAGACAAGCAUCUUGACACUGCAAAAUCUUGCAGUCCAACACCACCAAGUAGGAGUCAUUCCAGAUCUGGGUCCCGAAGUCGCUCCAGAUCUGGCUCCAAGUCACAAUCUCCAGACAAGCAUCUUGACACUGCAAAAUCUUGCAGUCCAACGCCACCAUGCAGGAGUCCCUCCAGAUCCAGGACCCGUAGUCGCUCCAGAUCAAGAUCUCCAGACAAGCAUCUUGACGUUGCAAAAUCACACAGUCCAACGCCACCAAGCAGGAGUCACUCCAGAUCCGGGUCCCAAAGUCGCACCAGAUCUCCCUCCAAGUCACGAUCUCCAGACAAGCGCGUUCACACUGUAAAAUCACGCAGUUCAACGCCACCCUCCACAUCUGGUUUGGGUUCAGGCCCUGCUGCAUUACCAGGCGACCUCAGGUUGGGCGAAGAAAACAAGGGCUAUCAGAUGCUCAUGAAGAUGGGCUGGAGCGGAUCAGGGGGUCUUGGUGCUAAAGAACAGGGCAUUCAAGACCCCAUCAAAGGAGGAGAAGUCCGGGACAAGUGGGACCAGUAUAAAGGAGUGGGAGUCUCGUUGGAUGACCCGUACAUGAACUACAGAAAAAACAAAAGCAACAAUUUUGCCACAAGGAUGAAAAGACGAGAAAAAGUAAGCAGAGACCCACAGGAUCCCUCCAGCACAGAGUGAUCACCCAUCACACGUGGUCUGUAUUUUUCCUGUAGAUGUCACAAAGCUGUUUUUCACAUUUGGUUGGACAUUUUAUCUUGCCCUUGUUUUGUUUUUUUGGUAGUAAAAUUCAUCCAAGCAUCAUAUUGUUACUUACAGAGGUGUCAAUGUCAUUGCAAAUGUUUCCUUUGAUUAAUCCGAGAGACUGUACAAGCAAAAUAAAGAUACUUUGAAAAGGG